AUGGCUAGUGAGACACCAAGGAUCGAUCCCCGUGAGAUAGCUCAGAAUUUGCACCCUGUGUUCAGGCUCAUUGCACAGGUUAAGUCGCAUCCUUCAGAGAAUACGCUUGUGUUGAGUUCGCCGACAGAUGGUGGUGAAAUGAUCACAUUGACCAAUGUAAGAGUGUCUAUGAAUAAGCAGUUCGAGAGUGGUUCGUGGCAUGAAUUUGUAUGUCGUUCAAGCGAUAGUGGUGAUACUGAGUUUUUGGUAUUGGAUGCUGUUCCAUGUGUUUUGAAGGAGAACGAACAGAUCAGUAUAGAAGGUAUUGUGACUUUACAACAGCUAAGUAAGAAAUUCCCAGAAAUCUAUUAA